AUGGCAAGCUUCCCUUUUUUCGAGCCGACCAAACCCCCUCCACCAAUGUCACCAAUGUACCAUUCUGUAUGGAAUGAAGGUGCAAUCGUAGAUCAGCAAUAUGUUCAACAUUUCCUGAGUACUAGAAAACAAAGGAUGGAUGCAAACUGUGCCGCUAGAAUCCGGAGCAUACCGAUGGGUAAACUGAAAGCUGAACUGGUAGACCUUGUCGAUGAAAUCGGAGAGCUAAGCACAAAAAAGGAAAUGCUAGGAGGAGAAUUCGAAUCACAACCAAAUUCAGAAUGGCUAAAUAAUGUCGAGCAACUCAAGCAGAUCCAGCAGCGCAUAGAGAACAAGCUCACGCGAUUGAAUGAUUCAAAAUUGCGCGACGAUCUUAGAAAAAAGCUACACGCACGUCGCAAAAAACGUGCUUGGCAGAAACGACGCAAUUCACAGCUAAGUGCCCAACGACGGCUGGAGAUGGAGAAGCGCGAGACGUUGCACAAACAGAUAGAUGCAUGGCGAGAAGAGCAGCGCAAAUUACUGCAGCAGGAAAGAGUGAACCAGCAGCAGCUGGAUUUUGCUAGCUGCUUUUUGGCGGAUGUGCAUCGACGUAAGGCAGCUUGUAAGAGAAAUUUGAUAAAGUUCGAGAAAUUGAAAGAAUCACGUAGCCAACGACAUUUGAAGGAAGAUUCGUUUUGUCGAAAGAAAGGAAAUGAUGAAAAAGAUAUCGAUACCGAUUUGGAAGAUUUGACGAAAACAUGGACGGCAAAGCUAUCGAACUGCGUUAAAGAGGAGAAAGAACUGAAGGAUGUGUUGGCUAGGCGUUCCACCGCUAAUUUCCAACGUCGGGUUGAGAAUGAGUGGCAUCGAACGCUUUUCGGGGAUACUAUUCCGAAAAAAUUUAAGCAUCCACUGCUUGGCGCUGAUCGUGAUCGAGAAGUGCUGAUAGAAGUGCGUUGGGCUUGGGAUGCUUGUCUAAUCAGUGGAAGCGACGAACCGAACGAAGGAAGUUCAAUUCCACUGGGUUGGGUUUUACCGCCAAACGAACCUCUCCCCGUAUGGGCUGAGUAUCAGGUGAAGGACCAAGCGUGAAUAUAUAUUGCAAAACUAGUGUUUCGCUUCUACUAAAUAAUGAUAAUAAAGAAUAUGAGAAAUAA